UCGCUGCAGAGGUCAGCCCUCGGCAGGUGUUAUUCUCGUGUAGGGUGUGUUCAGGUGCCAGGGCAGCCGCAAUCUAGUGAUAGUUUGCAACCUCCACAUGUUGGGGUUUUAAUUGCCUGAAGUUAGGGAAUGUAGAUAGUCCAUCGAAUGCUGUGAGUUGGAACUCUUGGAACGCAAACUGAUCACACCAGAAAUCACGCUUUUAGGAUCAGAUCAGUGCUUCCUAAAGUAGUGUCAGAUGUGGUGCAGAAAGAAUUAGAGGGACCAGGAUGACUACUUGGUUACAGAGCAAUGAAUCAGAAGCUUAGAACAGAGCACAAUGUUCAGGUACCAUGUCAUCUUGUUUACAACAUGAUUGCUGAAUUGGAUCCUGAAGGACUAGAGGCAAGAAGCCUUCAAAGACGAAAGAAAAAGCCCAAAGGCCAGUUUACAUCUGAAGGGCCUUUAUGGGUAGCUUCCUUAGAUGGGCAUGAUAAACUGUGUGUUAUCAAAAUUCCACCUUUCCUCUUGGUGUAUACGGCUGUAGUGACACGUUUUCCCGCAAAAUCCUCUUCUAGUUUGUGUGCUACUUGAACUCAAAUCCUUUAGUUGUAGGCAAGAUGUAUCUUUGGUACCUAUUCGAAACAGAGAUGCUUCUGAGAAACCUCAGGGUUGACAGAGGGACGGAAACUGCUAAAAUGGCCACAAUUCACGUAUAUCUGUUAAACAAGCACGAAGUCAUGAAUGAUCCCACUGAUGCAAUAAUUUAUGGCCCUUCAACAAGCAACAAGAUCGAGAGAUGGUGGCGUGAACUACAUGAACGACUAGAGAAGUUCUUUAAAGAACAAUUGACAGUGCUUCUAAGGGGAAGAGAGUAUGACCCACAUAGUGUACUCGACAGACAACUGCUUGCUUAUGUGUUUAUACCAGUUGUCCAGCGCGAGUGUGACAUUUUAGUAAGGUACUGGAAUUCUCACAGAAUCCGAGUGCAAGAUAAGUUGGAAAUUCCAGGUGGGGUACCAGACCACAUAUUCUCUUUCCCUGGAUAUUAUGGAGGGAGCAACAUGGGAAUCCCAUUACACAAAGAUGAGUUGAGGGAGGUGGCCGAGUUGUCAGGGGUAAUGGAUGGUGACGUGUUCGACUUUAUUAACCCAAGAGUGAAGAGGGAAUGUUUGCAACUACUUUCAAAUCCAGAAAAAGUAGAAUCAAAGGAUGCAAUUGAAGCAUUUAGGCUUCUCAAAAGAAAUAUCAAGUUCCCUUAAGAUGCGAGUGAAAUCUCACAUAUACUUCACUCUUUCUAGAUUUGGAAGUGAAACUGAUGGGCCACCAUACAAAAAAACCCUGACAACCAGAAACACUCACCAGAAUGGGUUUUUAUCUUCAAAAACAACCUGAAACUGUUUACUGCCUUUUGAGUUUGAAACCAAAUAAUGUUGCUUUCUAUGACCAAACAGAGAAAUUUGUCUUUGUAGAAUGUUCAUUUCUAGUGUUUCUGCUAAAAUUAAAUCAACCACAGCUUAACUGCAUUGGAAUGGACUCAUUCAGGAAGUGUUCAACUACCAACAGCAGAGCCAUAAUGAACGAUGAAAAAAGCAGCAAGUAAAUUGUUUGUAUUCUUAGAAACAUUUAAAGUGGUAUCAGAAAACACACAACAUUUUGGGGCACCAGGAGUAAUAGUUCAGUCCAUUUCACUUCAAAGAUAAAAUCAGUCUGAAGACUGGACACAACAUGAAAAAAACGAGUUUAAUUCAUUUGAAUUAGUGUAAUCUAUAAGGUCAAGCAGUACUUGAAACUGUGAACUGACCAUUUGAUUAUAUUUAAAAAAACCCAAAAACUAUUUUCGCUUAAGUAACCUGAGAAGAUAUCUUGGAAAACAGUGCCAAAUGUGACUAUAUGCUGGGAAGGUGGAAUAUGUCACGAUGACAGCAAAUCACAUAACACCAGCUUAAAAAACUAAAAUACAGCCCAAAUACUUCACUAAAACAGCAACAAGUGUUAAAAAAAAAAACAUGCUUCCAUGCUAUAAUAAACAAUGCUAGCUAUAAAUAAGCACAUCACAACCAGUGCCUGGACAUUCAAACAUCACUACCAUUUUCAUCAAACACUUUCAGAGACACCAUGUCACAAUACUUGUUACAGGUGUGCUUUGAUUUGAAUUCAUCAAUAGCAAUACAGGAAAGGUUUCCAGCUCAGAAGUUGACCUCCUUUGAAUCAUUAACAAAAAGAUCAGUGGUUGCAAUUUCUGGAUGGUACAACUUAAAAGAGGAACCCUGAAUAUCAAGUAGCAU